GAUCACAAUGAAACGUUGAGAAUGUACCUUCUGCACAGAGGAGUAGUCUAACAUAUCAAAAAUUUACCAGAGAAUCUUAACUCAAGAAACAAAGAAAGAAAAAGCACCAUGGGGGACAAGAGCGAAGCGUACUAUAAUUUUAAGGCAAAUUACAAUCUCCACACGGACACUGGCCUAAGUGGGGGUGAUAUCGGAGUUGUCAUUGCAUACUUCAUUGUCAUCAUUAUUGUGGGAAUAUUCGCAAUGUAUAGAGCAAACAGACAGACAGUUGGUGGUUAUUUUUUGGCAGGAAGGUCAAUGCUUUGGUUACCUGUGGGUGCUUCGUUGUUUGUAAGUAAUAUUGGAACUGAACAUUUCAUUGGACUGGCAGGAUCGGGUGCAGGCAAUGGGAUCAGUGUCGGUGCAUGGGAAUUUAAUGCAAUACUGUUGCUUCAGUUACUGGGAUGGAUUUUUAUACCCGUGUACAUAGCUUGCGGGACGUAUACAAUGCCUCAGUACCUCUCCAAGCGAUUUGGUGGGAAACGGCUUCGAAUCUACUUUGCAGUUCUUUCGCUUAUCCUGUACAUUUUUACAAAAUGUUCGGGAGACCUUUUCACUGGAGCUCUCUUCAUUCAGCAAUCUCUCAGGUGGGACUUGUAUCUUAGCAUCGUCAUUCUUGUUUUUGUCACAGGACUUAUGACUAUAACAGGUGGACUUACUGCUGUCAUCUACACAGAUACUAUACAAGCCUUCCUGAUGGUCGGCGGUGGAUUGACUUUAAUGGGACUAGCUUUUAAGGAUGUUGGUGGAUAUGAUGGCAUGGUGAAAGAGUAUCAGAAAGCCAUGACAAAUGAGAGUUAUCAAAUACCUAAUGCUACCUGCCACCUACCGGACAAAAACGCAUUUCGGAUGUUGAGAGAAGCGGAUGAUGAUUACAUGCCAUGGGCUGGAUUCUUGCUGGGUCAGACACCAGGCUCAAUCUGGUACUGGUGUGCAGAUCAGGUCAUUGUCCAAAGGUUACUUGCAGCAAAAAGCAUCUCCCAUGCUAAAGGAGCAACACUUAUGGCGGGCUUCAUUAAAAUCCUUCCUCUGUUUAUGAUGGUUAUGCCAGGAAUGAUCAGUAGAAUCAAAUAUCCAGAUGAAGUUGCUUGCGUCGACAGAGACAUCUGUUACGAAGUGUGCCAGUCCUAUGCUGGGUGUACGAAUAUUGCCUAUCCCCGUCUGGUGUUAGGAAUCAUGCCCGAAGGUUUACGAGGGUUAAUGAUGGCGGUGAUGAUUGCUGCUCUGAUGAGUGAUCUCGAUUCUAUUUUUAACAGCGCCUCUACUCUCUUCACUAUUGAUAUUUACAAGAGAAUCCGUAAGAAUGCCAGUGUACAAGAACUUAUGAUAGUUGGAAGGAUCUUCAUCGUAGUGAUGAUUGGGGUAUCCAUUGCUUGGGUCCCUAUUCUAAAGGAGACACAAGGGGGACAGGUGUUUAUAUAUAUCCAGGAAAUAACUAAUUACCUCGCACCACCUUUUGCUGCUGUCUUUUUAUUGGCCGUACUAGUACCAAUGGUUAAUGAAAAGGGUGCCUUUUGGUCUUUAAUGAUUGCGCUAGUAGCGGGUGUGACCCGUAUGAUACUAGUGUAUGCUUACAAUGAUAGCAGCGGUGACUGUCUCAAACCUGAUACCCGUCCAGAAAUAUUGAAAAAUUUUCACUACAUGUACUUUGCUUUAUUAAUCACACUGAUGACUGCACUGUUUGCAAUUGCCAUUAGUUUUUUCACCGGGAGACCUACAGAAGAACAGCUUUUUCGAACAACAUAUUGGACAAGACAUGCCAAACUCAAAGACUGCAAUGGCGAUGUGAGCGGAGAAUUUGACAAUAUUGGAAUGUCUAUGUCGGAUAUAAGUGAAAAAGGAACAAGUAAUGGGACAAAUAAACCUCAUGUUUUUACUGUCGAAGAAUCAGAUUUAAAAAAGUACAGAGAUCCCUAUUUGGAUCAACAAAAAAUGGAUCGAGAGGACACAGAUGAAAGGUCCUGCAAGGCUUUACUCUUAAAAUACCUAUGCGGAGCAGGAAAAGGGAAUGAGGAGGAGGAUCUGAAAUUGAAAGAGCACAUGGCGAAGGUAGCAGAACUCAAGCAAAACAAGAUAGCUGCAAUAUUUCUGAACAUCGGUCUUGUUUUGAUCCUGAUGAUCGGUGCUUUUCUUUAUUUUUUCUGGUCGUAUUGGAGGUAUGAACCGAAAUAAGUGUACGUGUUUGAGGAUAUUUGAGUGAAGCAAGACUAGAGAAAUUGAUAGGUUCCCUCAUUCCAUGUGGAUGAAAGAUUGAGUCAAAGACUUUUUGUACGCUGUAAUUGCUAAAAAUGUGUUUCACAUUCAUUUGUAGAAUAUGGAAUUUACAUAUUUUUUUAAGUAUUCAGAAUAAGCACAUGUUUUACUAACAAAUAAUUACACAGAGGUUUCAGUUAUCUCAAAC